CAACACUCUCUGACGACUAUCAGACAGUUUAAUUUUCAUCCGUAGAAUGACACGGAAAUUUGAAGACCUUUUUAGGUUUUCAAUUUUCAUCUGCGCAGUACCACCGAAUGAAUCCAAGAAAACCGUAUCUGUGGACGUCUGGACUCAAUGUCCGCCACCCAGCAGCCGUUUCCGGGUGUUCACAGGCAUGUCACUGGAACAAUGUGCGGCUGAGUGCGAGGCGCGUCCGGCAUGUGCCGUCCUCGGCUAUUUGCGCACCCCGCACGUGUGUGAAUUGUAUGAACAGCCCGCGGGCGUAGACGGUUCCGGAAAGGCUACUUCUGCCUCGCAUUGUCUUUUGGUACAGAAGGGCGAAGACUCGUGUGGCUGCUCCCAUUGGAGCGUCUAUGACCGGAAGUCUAAAACAUGCACUGUUCAAGAGUGUGAGCCGGUGAGGAUCGUCGAUCAUGGAAAGAUUCUGGGAAACCGUUAUGACGUCGGUGCAAAACUGCGUGUGCUUUGUGACGUGGGCUACGUUGCGGAGAAUAAUAUGACGUCAAUGACAUGUGGCGCGAAUGGAUCAUGGUCGCACGUGGCGUCAUGUGUACUGAAGUUCAACAAAACGUCGGUAGUAAACUCAAGCCAAUCAACCUUAGAAUCCGUUUGCCCGAAAACAAAGUCCGAAUUCACAUCCAAUGUAACACAGACGCUUCCUGGAUAUCCUGGUACCGAAUUCAUCUUUGUCAAACAGCACCAUACCCUCAACGACAGCAAAAACGCAUGUGAGAACAUGGGUGGUCACAUGAUCAAGAUAGACACUCAUGCGAAACUGGGCGCCAUCACGAACUUAAUGACAAAAUGCAACGAUUCCACUUCAGGCCUGAAAAUCAGAUCAUGGGUGGACGGAGAAAAGGAGGGAGACGACUGGAAGUACCACGAUGGAACACUAAUGGACGUGGGCAACUCCAGUAUCUGGAAUAAUAAAUAUGAGCCCAAAAUAAACGACACGUGUGUCAGGUUGAAGAAAUCAACGUUCCUACUUGUAGGGAUUAACAAUCAGGGGUGCGUUUCAGAUAGAUUUUACGAUCUGCCAUUAUCGUAAAUUUACGAUCAUAAUAACGACCAACUUAACGAUAAUCAUAAAGGCGUUUCAGAAACGUCUCGUAAACUCUCCGGUCGUACGUAAAAAAAUAACGAUAAAGCACAGCGUUAA